AUGCCUAAAGAGACGCCUUGCUUCAAUAGAAAACUAAGAUCGGUAAGUUCUUGACUAUUUUUUAACCAUUCGAAGAAAAACAAAUCUUUACAGCGAGUUGUUAAUGCAAAACAUUUGACAACACUAAGAUUGGAAAAAGCGUACUUCAAAAAGAAGCCUGUGGAAAUAUCGAAAACUACGGCAAAACAGUAAGUUUUAUUUGUUUUUUUUUCAAAAUAAUUUUAACAUCAUUUUAAAGGAAAUCGCCAUUGGUUAUAGUGCAAAAACCCUACAAAUGUUUCAGUAAAAAGAGGGUUUGGAAGGAAAGACUUGUCUAUUGCCCAGCCGAUUUGCAAAAAAUAACAAAUGAAUCGAUAUUGAUUGGUAAAGAAGUUAGUUUAUUUUAUGCUUCACAUUCUGUUAUUCUAACUCUUGAUAUUAUAGGCAAGACGAAGAGUUACACAUUAUAUCAAACACAACAAACUAUACAACACCACCGACAAAAUCGUAACUUGUGAUAAGAGAUUGGAAAAAGCUUUGGGAGUCAAAGAAUUUCAUCUGCUACAGUGAGUUUUUUUUCUAAAUCACUUCACUGAUAAAUAAAACAUUUGUAGAACAAAUUUACACGUAAUGAAUGCUGUAAAAAUGCGACACGAAUUUGGAAAAGAACACGAGAAAGAGCAGAAAGAAGCGCUGAUUCGAAUGAUUAUGGAUUUUAAAGUGAAACAAGAAGUUUGUGACAGAAUCAAAAUCAAACAAGAAGUUCCACCAACUUCCGAUGAAGAAGAGGAAGAAGAAAAACUAGUGCCACUUAUACCAAACAUCAAACAAGAACCAUUAUAA